AUGAAGCAAUAUCACUUAUGGAUUGGUAAUUGUUUGAAUGUACUACGCGAUCACGCCUUGUACCCUGCUUUAAGUAUAAAAAUGUUUGUAUUAAGUUGUUGUGUGCAGUUCCUCCGACAAAUACGGAAGUGUUCAACUUGUGUGUUUCCGGAUGCUCCGUACCCGGCCGUAUGAAGAAAUAAAGAGUAAAGCCUUAAAUAGCCAGACCGAUUGUGAGUGCUCAUUAAUCGAUCGCGGAACCGAGAGACCCUGCCGGGGGUCAAGAUUUUCAACUGACUUAGAGGAGGAGGAGGGAAAAUGUAAUGUAGCCAAAUUUGCUGAUGAUACAAAAACAGCUCCAAGUAACGUAGAGGCAGCACAUUGAACCCCUGGAUCAGCGAUUUACAUGACCAAUAUCCACGUUCCAGCUCACGCUGCCCAGGUGAUUGACAGCGAUUCUGGGCCAACAGAAAGGAGGGCGAGGCUGGACGAUCGAAUGUGAGUGGAUAUAAGAAGGGAAGGAUUUGAAGAUUUAAAAAUUCAGACCAAACAUCAUGGUUAAGUCACUCAAUUCAGGAACUGGAUUUCAACAUCCUUGAAGUGUGGCAGCAUAAAUUUAGCUCCAAUAUAUCUGUGAGAAAUGGUUUUAAACAUCACUGUGACCAGAAAAGCACUGAGAGCAUCCCAGUACACUGCCUAUGGAAGGAAUUUUAACCAGUUAAAGAUGCCAAAUGUUUCACACCAGUGAGAGACUGUGCGUGUUUGUGGGUGGAUAAGGCUUCGACUGAUCAUCCAACCUGGUGAUCCAACACCAUGGAGAAGCCAUGGAAAUGUCAGGACUGUGGAAAGGGAUUUCGAUCUCCUUCCGAGCUAGAAAUCCACCGACGCAGUCACACCGGAGAGAGACUAUUUACCUGCUCCAAGUGUGGAAAGGGAUUUACUCAGUCCUCUCAUCUGCUGACCCACCAGCAUGUUCACACUAAUGAGCGACCUUUUAAAUGUCCAAACUGCGGGAAGUGCUACAAAAGUGCCCGGGAACUGAUGUCCCAUCAACUUGUUCACUCUGAUGAGAGGCCAUUCAGGUGCUCACACUGUGGGACUGGGUUCAGACGAUCAUAUGAACUCACUGUGCAUCAGCGAAUUCACACUGGGGAGAGGCCAUUCACCUGCUCCAACUGUGGGAAAAGAUUCACUACCUCAUCCCACCUGCUAAUACACCAGCGAGGUCAUGCUACAGAAAGGCCAUUUACCUGCCCCGAGUGUGGGAAGGGGUUCACUAAUUCAUCAGACCUAAUAAUCCACCGGCGAGUUCACACUGGGGAGCGACCAUUCACCUGCCCAGAGUGCGGGAAGGGAUUCACUCAGUCGGCAACCCUGCUUAGACACCAGCGCGUUCACACUGGAGAGAAGCCGUUCACCUGCUCAGAAUGUGGAAAGGGAUUCGCUGAUUCAUCCCACCUUUUGAAACACCAGCGAGUUCACACUGGGGAGCGACCAUUCACCUGCCCAGAGUGUGGGAAGGGAUUUACUGAGUCAGCAACCCUGCUUAGACACCAGCGCAUUCACACUGGAGAGAAGCCGUUCACCUGCUCAGAGUGUGGAAAAGGAUUCACCGAUUCAUCCCACCUUUUGAAACACCAGCGAGUCCACACUGGGGAGCGGCCAUUCACCUGCCCUGAGUGUGGGAGAGGAUUCUCUGAUUCAGGCACCCUGCAGAGGCAUCAGCGCAUUCAUACUGGGGAGAGGCCGUUCCCCUGCCCCGAGUGUGGGAAGGGAUUCAUUUCAUCCUCCCACCUGCUGAGACACCGGCGACAUCAUAAUGGAGAAAGACCAUUUCUCUGCCCUGAGUGUGGAAAGGGAUUCACUAAUUCAUCUGAUCUGCGAAUACACCAACGUGUUCACACUGGCGAGAGGCCAUUCACUUGCUUGGAGUGUGGGAAGACAUUCACACUUUCGUCCAGCUUGCUAACACACCAGCGACUUCAUUCUGCAGAGAGGCCAUUCACCUGUUCUCAGUGUGGGAAAGGAUUCACUCGGUCAUCUCGCUUGUUGAGUCACCAACGAACCCACACCAUGGAGAAACCAUGGAAAUGUGGGGACUGCGGGAAGGGGUUCAAUUACCCCUCUGAGCUGGAAACACAUCGACGCAGUCACACUGGAGAGCGGCCGUUCACCUGUUCUGUUUGUGGGAAGGGAUUCACUCAGUCAUCUAGCCUCUAUACACACCAGCGAGUUCACACUGGGGAAAGGCCAUUCACCUGCCUUGAAUGUGGGAAAGGAUUUAAUGCUUUAUCCAAUCUCCGAACUCACCAGCGAGCUCACUCUGAUAAGAGACCAUUCAAAUGUUCUGACUGCGAGAAAAGCUUUAAAAGUAGAAAGGAUAUAGUGACACAUCAACGCACUCACACUGGUGAGAGGCCAUUUACCUGCUCCCUCUGUGGGAAGAAAUUUACUCAGUCAUCCCACCUCCUGACACACCAACUUGUUCACUCUGAUAAGAGGCCUUUUGAAUGUUCUGACUGUGAGAAGAGCUUUAAAAGUAAAAAGGAUUUACUGAACCACCAACGGACUCUAACUGGGGAGAGGCCGUUCAUCUGCUCGACAUGUGGGAAGGGAUUCACUUGUUCAUCCCACCUUCUGACGCAUCAAUUUGUUCACACUGAUCAGAGACCUUUUAAUUGUUCUGAUUGUGAAAAGAAAUUUAAAACCACAAAGGAUCUUUUGAAACAUAAACACACUCACACAGGGGAGAGGCCAUUCACAUGCUCUGUCUGUGGGAAGGGAUUCACUCGUUUAUCACAUCUGCUGAGACACCAUCGAGUUCACACUGGGGAAAGACCGUUCACCUGCACUGAGUGUGGGCAGGAAUUUGUUGAUUCAUCUGACCUUCUGAUUCACCAGCGAGUUCACACUGGGGAGAGACCCUACAGCUGCUCGCUGUGUGACAAGAGAUUCACUCAGUCAUCUCACCUCACUACACACCAACUUGUUCACACUGACAUGAGACCUUUUAAAUGUCCUUAUUGUGAGAAAAGAUUUAAAAGUAAACAAAAUCUGCUAACACACCAGCGGGUUCACACUGGGGAGAGGCCGUUCAAUUGUCCCUUGUGUGGGAAAGGAUUUGCUCAGUCAAACAACCUGUUGAGACACCAGCACGUUCACACGCGGCAGCAGGGGUUGUAUUCCACUGUUAAUCACAUCCAAGACUGAACCAUCUUUGGUUGCCUUUUUACUGUGGGCAUCCCCGUUUGUUGCACCUAACAAUGAUUAUACCCAAAUGUAGCAGCCAAAAUUUAAAAGUUUGAGGAUAUAACAAAAGUUGAUCAUCAAAUGAUGAAGAAUUGCAGAAACAGGGCAGUAGAUUAUUGCAGAGGAAAGUAGUGAAUUGGAAUCAAUCUGCACAAGUGUUGAGGAAACGAAUUUGGGGAGGACAAACAAGACAAUGGGAUGGACAAUAAAUGGCAGGAUACAGCGAACUGUUGAGGAAUAAAGAGGCCUUGCAAUGGUUUCCACAGAUGGAUGGGGGAAUCAGGUGUUCAAGAGGCAUUUGGAAUCCUUUCUUUGUCAAGGGCUAAAAUAUAAAAAAAGAAGCAAAAUGGUGCUAAACCUUAGAAGCCACAGUUUAGAGCACAGCUGGAGUUAGAGCACUUGUUCUGGUUUCUGCGUUAAUCAGUUUCAUUAGUUAAUUGAAAUAAUCUUUUGAACCUUCUCCUUUUUGAAUGAGCCUACUGAGAAUCCCAUAAGUCAUUAAUUAUAAAGUGAGAUGACUUAAUUAAUUACCAAAUUGACUUCAAUUUUUGCUAUUUAUCAGAUAAUUACAGUAGGGUUUAAUCAAAUGUAGCAGAUAAAGAUAAAACUAGCAAGCAAGAAAUAGUUUAGGUAAAGAAGACUGAAUUUUUCACGAACUUUUUAUAUGAGAUGUUUAGAUAACGAAUUCAAAAAUUAUUGCUUAAUUACUGAUGAACUAACAUGACUUCAGCACCAUGGAAGAAGCUGAUCAGUGAGUAUCUGAUGAACCUUCAUUUAUGUUAAAAGAAUAUUAUUAAACUGGAGAGGGUUCAGAAGAAUCAGGAUGUUGCCCAGAAUGGAGGGUUUGAGUUAUAAAAAUAGACUCGAUAGAUUGGGAUUUAUUUCACUGGAGUGCAGAAGGUUGAAAUAUGAUCUUUAUAGAGAUUUAUUAAAUCAUGAUGGACAGGGUUAAGGUGAAUAGCAAAAAUAUUUUCCCUAAGGGAAUUUCAGAACGAGGGGCCAUAUUUUUAAGGUGAGACGAGAAAGAUUUUAAAAAGCACGAAGGGCAACUUUUUUUUACACAGUGGCUAAUACGUAGACUGAAUUAUUAGAGUAAGUGUGGAUGAAGGUACGGUUACAAUUAAAAGACAUUUAGAAAGGUUGGAGGGAUAUUGAACAAAUGCAGAUAGGUUAGACUAAUUUAGUUUGGAAACGUGGUUAAAGUGGACUAGUUGGUCCAAAGGGUCUGUUUCCAUGCUGUUUGACUAUGACUGUUAACGUAUAUGUAUUUUGGUUAAUACAGUUUAUAAUUGAAUGAAUAAAGACACAGCAGGAUAUAUCAGUCCCAUGGAGUGAACAUCCAGUUAGGCCAUAAGACACCGGGGCAGAAAUAGGUUAAUCAGCCCAUUGUGUCUGCUGCACUAUUUAAGAUGAUCAUGGUCGAUCUGAUAAUCCUCAACUCCACUUUCCUGCCUUUUCCCCAUUACCCUUGAUUCCCUCACUGAUUAGAAAUCUGUCUGUCUCAGCUUUUAAUAUACAUAACGACCCAGCUUCUACAGCCCUCUGCGGUAAAGAAUUCUGCAGAUUUGCUACCUUCAAGAGGAAAUUCCUCCUCAUCUCUCUCCUAACUAGGUGAACGUCUUAUUCGGAGAUUAUGUCCUCUUGUCCUAGGGUCUCCUGCUUCCACCAUUGUCGAGUCCUUUAAAAAGCUGUUUCAAUAAGGUUGUCUCUCAUUUUUCAGAACUCCAACAAGUAUAGACCCAAGCUACUCAAUUUCUUAUAAAACAGUCCCUCCAUACCUGGGAUUGACCUAGGAACCUUCUCUGGAGUGCAUCCAGUGUCAAUAUCAAUAUCUAUUUCCUCAGAUUAGGGGCACAAAGCUGUUCAUCAUAUUCCUGGUGUGGUCAGAGAGAACCUCACACAGUUUUAGUAAAACCUUUCUACUGUUACACUCCAUACUCCUUUGAAGUAACAGCCAACAUUCCAUUUGCCUUCCCUAUUGCUUGCUGAACUUGUAUGCUAACUUUUUGUAAUUUCUACUUGAGGAGCCCCCUCUGUGCUGCACUUUCUGCAGUCAUUCCCCUUUAAACAAUAUUCAGCUCGCCUGUGAUAUGAAGAACCAAACAUUAGAUCCUGUCUGCCAAGUUGUGUGCUCAUGUGAUCUUUCUAUAUUUUCUUUCUGCCAUCCUCACCACUUGCCUUGUCACCUAUUUUUGUGACAUCGGCAAACUUGGCUAUAUUAUGUGCACUUUCCUUUUCAAAGUCACUUGUGUAAAUUUUAAAUAUUUGUGGCCUCAGCUCCGAUCCCUGUGAUACUCUACUAAUUAUAGAUGGUUAUUCUGAUACCCCUCCCCCUCAUCCCAAGUCUGUCUUACAUUAGCUAGCCAAUCCUGUCUCCAUGCUAAUUUACCAACCCCAACACCAUGGGCUCUCAUCUUAUUAAGCAACCUAAAGUGUGGUAUUUUAUUGAAUGACUUCUGGAAAUCCAAAUAUUUUACUUCUACCUGUUCCCCUCCCCUGCUUGUAACCUCCACAAAUAAUUGUGAUAAAUGUGUUAUACAUAAUUUCCCCUUCAUGAAGCUCUGUUUAAUUACAGCUUUCUAAUAGACUCCAACUUUUUCCCCCAAAUGACAAUUGGGUGGCAUGGUGGCUCGGUAGUUAUGCUGGAGCUGUGAGACAGCAGUGCUAGGCUGACUAUUUGUGUAGACUUUAUGCUCUCCUGUGUCUGAUGGGUUUCCUCCCACAGUCCAGAGAUGUGUAGGUUAGGUGGAUUGGCCAUGCUAAAUUGCCCAUUGUGUCCAGGCAUGUGCAGUCUAGGUGAAUUAGUCAUGGGAAAUGUAGGGUUACUGGGAUGAGGUAGAUCUGGAUGGGAUGCUCUUUUGAUGGUCAAUGUAGACUCGAUGGGCCAAUUAGCCUGCUUCCACAUUGUAAGGAUUAUAUGAUUCUACAGUUCCAUGUAUAGAUCUUGUGUUCAGCGUAAUCACAAAAUCAGGCGGGAUUUGGAACUCCAUGUCUGAUAGGUUGUAGAGGCAGAAAAACCUAUUGUAUUUCAAAAAAAACGACUUGGAUCUGCACUUCAAAUGUCAGAUGAUUCAGGGCUACAGUUCCACCUUUGAUGAAGAGAACAGAUAAUAGAUGCAGGGAGGAUGUUACCACUGGCAGGUCAAACAUAGGGGACAUAGCAGAUUGUGUUGCAUACAGUUCUGGCCUGCCCAUUGCAAGGUAGAUGAGAUUUCUGUGGAGACUGCACACAGGAGGUUAAUGAGGAUGUUUCUAGGAAUAGAUCAUUUUCAUUAAGAUGAAAGAUUAGAUAGAGUCUGAUCAUUUUCUUUCAAAAAGAGGAGACUGAGAAAAAUGGUAAUUCAGGUACAUACAGUUAUGACAGAGCCUGACAGAGUGGAUAGGAAAGACCUAUUUACAUUAACAGUUCAGUGACCAAGGGGCUGAGAUUUACAGUAACAGGCAGAAAAUAAGAAAUAGGAGUAGGCCAUCUGGUCCCUGGAACCUGCCUUGCCUUUCAAUAAGAACAUGGCUGAUCUGUUUGUGGACUCAGCUCCAUCUACCUGCCUGCUCACCAUAACCCUUAAUUCCCUUACUGUUUAAAAAUCUAAGCCUUAAAAACAUUCAACAAGAUAGCUUCAACUGCUUCACUGAGAGAAGAAGUUCCUCAACUGUACUUAGACUUUCUCAUCUCUUUUCGCUGAUAGCAAAGUCCCCAUGUAGGUUAAGUCCCCUGAGGCGUGUAAGAAAUAUUUCCCAGCCGCUCUCUGCCAUCAUUCAUUGUUGCCUUAGAAUUCUACUUGGAAUCAGGAAAAACAAGGAAUGCUGGAAACGUGGUGUCAAAUCAGAGAUUGAUGUUAAACUGAUCUGUUCUUGAGUGAAAUACUGCAGAAUUAUAUUUCCAGUCUAAAUGUGAUAUUGUCCUAAAUAAUUUUUUGAGGCUAUUAUUUUGAGGCUAUGUCCCCUAUGUUUGACCUGCCAUUGGAAACAACCUCCCUGCACCUAUUGUCUGUUCUCUUCAUCAAAGGUGGAAAACCUGGAAUGGGAGUAGGGAAAGCUUUUCAGUCACAAUGGCGGGAUUUGGAACUCCAUGUCUGAUAGGUUGUAGAGGCAGGAAAACCUUAUUGUAUUUCAAAAAAAAAGACUUGGAUCUGCACUUCAAAUGUCAGGUGAUUCAGGGCUACAGGUGAAAGAUCUACAAAAAGAGUUUAGUAUGGAUUACUCUAUUUUAGCCAGUCAGGAUACACCUUGGACUGAGUAGCCUCUGUUUCUACUGUAACUUUGUUAAUUUUACUCUGAUAGUUGGACAUUUUUCCUGAUCAUGUUAAUAAUCUUGCUAAUUGAGCUGGUGUUCAAUAUUUUGAAUAAAUGCAAAGAAAAA